AUGUCAUCUUUACCCAUUGUUUCAAUCACAAGACGAGAAACAUUUAGUUCUUGCCAUAGAUUACACAGUCAAUUUUUAAGUGAUGAAGAAAACAAAAAAUUAUAUGGUAAAUGCAAUAAUCCAAAUGGACAUGGACAUAAUUAUGUUGUUCUUGUGACAGUCAAAGGGCCAGUAGAUCCACAAACUGGAAUGGUGAUGAAUGUUCAUGAUUUAAAAGAAUAUAUGCAAUCUGCCAUAAUGGAACCACUGGACCAUAAAAAUUUAGAUCAAGAUGUAGCUUAUUUUAAAACUGUGGUGAGCACAACUGAAAAUCUAGCAAUAUUUAUUUGGGACCAGCUACAAAAAGUAAUGGCUAAACCUAAUUUGCUACAUGAAGUUAAAAUUUUAGAAACUGAAAAGAACCAUGUAGUAUAUCGUGGAGGAAACACAUAUCCCAGGAAGAAAUUUAACUCUUCUAAUCUCCAUUCCAGUCACCAUGACGUGUCUUCUGAUUCAGACUGA